CGAAAUAUCAGAACAUGGUGCAAGCAUUAUCUCUAAAGUAAGUCCACUCAGUCGUUUGGGGUUAUCUUAUUUGAGUUCUAUCAUUCAGGAGAGAAAUAAAUUUCCCUCUGAGUUUUUGCCUACUCUUUCAAUCGAGCCCUCUAUUUGUUUCAACAAUUAUAACAAAAUGUUCGACGUUUUCUUGAGCUUUCGCGGCCCUGACACCCGCCAAGGGUUUGUGAGACGACUGUACAGUGCUCUUGAUCGAGAAGGCAUUCGCACAUUCUUAGAUAAAGAAAGCUUACACAAGGGCGACCAUAUCCCUUCUUCUUUGUGUCAAGGCAUCUCAGCAAGUACCAUUUGCAUUCCCGUUUUCUCCAAAAAUUUUGUCCAGUCAAAAUGGUGCUUGAAAGAAGUUUUACAUAUGCUUGAGUGCCAGGUUGAAAUCUGCCCUGUGUUUUAUGAUGUUUUGCCUGAGGAGCUUCGGUGCCCGGAUGGAAGUAAAUAUGCAUACGAUCUCAACAGAUAUGAAGGCACCAAGUUUAUAAUUGAGUGCAGAAACGCUUUAAAACUUGUAUCCAACCUAAGCGGUUGGUGUUUCAAUCCAAACUCUGGGGAGGACGUCUUGAUUCGAGAUGUUUUGAAGGAUAUUGUAAAAAUCCUGCGUGCAAAAUUUCCAGACAAAGUGUAUCUGGAUGUUCCAGAAUGCUUUGGUUUGGAAUGGCCCGUGGAGCAAGUGAGGAGUUUACUAAAUACAGCGGAUCAUCAGAGGAAGAUGGUGAAAGUGGGUAUACGUGGCAUGGGUGGGAUUGGUAAAACCACUCUGGCCAAGUUUGUUUACAAACACUUGUAUUCUCAAUUUGAAGUGCGUGCUUUUGUUCUCAGUGUGGGAGAAAGAUGUCGAGAGGCGAAUCAGGUUGUAAAGAUGCAGAGCCGCAUGCUCAGAGAUGUGUCACAAUUCAGAGGUGAAGUUGAUCAUGUUGAUCAAGGGAAGGGUCUCCUCAAAGACUGUCUUCAGGGUAAGAGAGUUCUCCUACUUCUCGACGACAUUCAAAGUCCUGAGCAGCUUGAAGCUUUUGCAGGAAAAUUCAUGGGUUUCGGGGCGGGCAGCCGUGUGAUCAUUACAUCGCGCGAUGGACAGAUUCUAAAACUGGCUAACGUUGAUGAAGUGUACGAGGUACGGGGGCUUUCUUACAAGCAUGCCAUGGAGUUGUUUAAUUUCAACGCGUUCCCCAAUUCUUCCUGUCCAGAUCAAGAGCUGCAAAUUCUGUGCAAGGAUAUUGUUAGUUCUUGUGAAGGCCUUCCUCUAGCCCUGUCAAUUCUUGGUAAAACCCUUGUUGGUCAAAAAGAUAGAAAUGUGUGGAAAGAUACAGUCGACAAGUUUAGAUGUGAGCCUAAUAUGCAAAAGAAACUUGAAACCUCCUACCACACCCUUGAUUACUUUGAGAAGGAAAUAUUUCAAGAUAUAGCUUGUUUUCUUACGUGGAGGGAGAAAGAAAUUGCUAUGAUCUUCUGGGGGGAGCUGAAGUGGAAUCCUUACUCAUCUGUCGAACAUCUCUUGCAAAAGUCUUUGGUAAACUUGGGCCCUGGUAACAAAUUGUUGAUGCAUUCGUGCCUCCGCGAUUUGGGAAGAAGUAUAGCAAAUGAAAUAUCUAGAGAGCCUCGUAAACGCACGAGGUUAUUUGACGAGCAAGAUGUGCACCACGUUUUAUGCCGCCCCUGGGAGAAGGCCAAGAAUGCACGUUAUCUUUCCUAUGAGCCCAAGGAGCCCAUGACAUUGAAGGCAGAGAUGUUCAAGUCACUGUACAACUUGCAACUUCUCUGGCUUGGAGGUGUUGUGAUAGAGGGACACUUUUCUGAGCCGCUCCGCCUUGAGGAUUUGAGAUGGCUAAGAUUGAGAAGUUGCUCAUCAAAAUCGUUACCACCGGGAAUGAACUUGAAAAGCCUAAUUAUUCUCGAAGUGACCGAUAGCCAGAUUACCGUUCUUUGGGACGAAAGAGCAGAGCAACAUCCAAAUUUAUGGCCUAGAAAACUGAAGGUGCUCAAUUUGAGUGGGUGCGCAUCCCUGAUGGCUCUUCCUGCUACGCCCAUCUAUUCAAACUUGAAGAUUUUAAACUUGAAGAAUUGUCACUCACUGACAAGCCUUCCUAACACCGUGGGAAACUUGAGGAGCUUAGAUUCUCUCAACAUGGAAGGCUGCGGUGUUUCUUCUUUGCCUGAGGGUUUCGGUGACCUCUCAAAUCUGCAAAAGUUGAAACUAUCAUGGUGUAAGCAUUUAUGCAGUCUUCCCGCUAGUUUUGGCAAUUUGAACCAAUUGGUAAGACUUGAAAUUCACCACAAUGCUAAGCUUACAGAGCUACCAGGCUCUACUGGCGGCCUGAAAGCUUUGUCUUAUUUGGAUGCCAGCUACUGCCAACUGUCUGAUAAUGGACUUCCAGCCGGAAUAUUGGAGUUGUCUUCCUUAAGAAUUAUCCAUCUUGAGCAUAACGUAUUUCACAACCUGCCAGGAGGUUUAGAAAAGUUGAGUGGACUUUGGGAGCUGCAUUUGGACGGGUGCUCCGAACUUUCUGCAUUGCCUGUGCUUCCGCCAUCGCUGGAAAUUCUCUCCGCCCGUGACUGCAUGCGUUUGGACACAUUAUCCUGCUUCUCAGGAUUGACCAGUCUUAGUAGAUUAGACGUAAGCAAUUCACAUCGUGUGACGGAGUUGCCUGGGUUACAAUCUUUGCAAGGAUUAACCACCUUGGAGAUGGUGGGGUGCAAACAUAUUUUCACCCACACACUAGGAAUCUGCUUGCGUGGUCUAAAAUCUUUGGAGAGUGUUUUCAUUGGCGGCCCCGGCGUUUCACCAUCGCAACUCCAAUCCUUGUAUGAUUCCCUUCAGGCCAUCUCUUUCGAAAGCGAAUGUUUAAUGUCUUCUACAUCGACCACUUCAAAUUGGUUCCACGCUCAGGUGGAUGGAAGUAACGCCGAAGGAGAUAAUUGUUUUGAAUACUGUGCAGUUGAGAGUGAGAUUAGCUACUGUGCAGGAUAUAUUGUUUGUUGUCUUUCGAUUGGCCAAGUCUUUGAUUGCAAAGGUACGAACAGGCUGUGCUACAGCAUUGAAAGGAAUCACACAUGUGAAUUUAUCCACCCAGAGAUGAAUGAUGGAAGUGAACAUGUGUUGGAAGUACGCGUUGUGCGGGUAGAGGGUGAGUUUGAUUUCGAGUGGCUGACAAUGGGAGAUAAACUGAGGGUGAAUGUACGCUCUGAUCAUCAGAAUUGGAGGGCUUGUUUCAAAUUUUUGAUGUAUGAUCCUCUCAAUGCAGUUGAUCCCCAUGUAGAAGAGAAUCCUUAUAGUACCAUAACUUUUGGUGUGCCAGGCGAUUCCGAUUAAAUCAAAAUUCAACACGGUCUUUUGAAGGCUAAAAGGACUUAUCAAUUCCUUACAUUUGCAACGUGUUUAGGGAAAAAAAGGAGGAAUAAUUGAUUGUUCAUUAGAUUCACUAUAUUCCCACCUCUCUCAUUGAUAUGGAAUGUGUAUUACCUUUAGAUAGAAAUUAGAACCAUAAUAGAU